GCUAGAACUCCCACAAAGCCAAAAGCCAAUCCAAGUUCCAUGCUUGGUUUAAAACCUCUCCAGAAUUCAUCUUCUUCAUCUUGAUUGUUUUUUGUCAUCAGAGCAUGUCGGUGUUAAGAGGAUGUCCACAACGCGCAGAAUUACCAGCAAAUGCAGAAGCAUUAAAAAUUGUUACAUGGCAGGUCCAAGACACCUGCCAUAUAACAAAUCAAGUGACUGACAUUGUCUCAGUUGUUCAAUAUCUAGUGCAAUCCUUCAGUCAAAUGGUUCCUCGAUAAAUUCAGAUGAAGCAAUUAAAAGAGACUCCAUAUCUGCUGUGGAAUUUCCCCUUAUAAUUUGUUACUUGAUAGAUCAAUAAUCCUCAAAAUUGUGAUAUUAUUAAAAAUCAUACUACUCAAAUCCUUUCCACCAGACAAACGCUUUGUCAGCAUAGUUAUGCACAUAAAAAGGAGCAGAAGCAUCAAACAUAGAAAGAUAAAAAGGGAAACGAAUUACUGUAAGAGCAUUGGUGCCAUUACUGACUUGUUUGUCAUCAGAAUUUUCUUCGCCAUCACCAUCUAUGUGUUUUUCAUCUCCCUGACAUGUUGGUUUUAGAGGGCACCUACAUAGAGCAGAAUUGCAAUCAAAUGCAGAAGCAUCA